UGAUGGUAUAAAUGUCUUUACAUUUCACCUGCACUAAUCACCAGUUGUCUCUGCAGAUCUGAUUCCUGCGAGUCACCAUGUCAGUCUAUUUCUUGUUUCUCUACCUUGUUGCUCUGGCCACAAGUCAAGUCAUUGAAGACGAGGAGAGGGAACUGUCUCUCAGGGACGAUGACAACAUAUCUCUUGAGAACAACAUGGACGCAGACGACGUCUUUGAACUGGUACAGAAAGUCGUCUCACGUUCCAUGGGAGUUGGUGUCAGAGCCUCGGACCUGGUCAGAUUUGCAGGACAUGUGAGACAUCACGCUGACAGAUUUUCUAGACGAGUUUCCGCUGCUGAGGUACAGAGAGAAAUCAACAGCGGAGCAGAAACAAUUGGCCAGCAGGCAGCAGUCAGAACUUUAUUUGCACAAACUCAAGCUGCAAGACUUAAUGUUGCGCUGAAAUUAUGGGGUGCUUUGGCUGAUAAAGGAGAUCUUUUAGAAGAACAGCGAAGACCAUUUCAAGCUGUACUAGCAGCUGUAAGCAGAACGGCAGCUGUGAUCACAUCUAUAGCAAGGAGAUAUGGAACAAGAAUGAUUUAUAAUGACGGCCCUUUGUAAACAAGAGCACAGAUUUCAAUGCUGAAACACAACAGUCAUAGAGCACAGAAAUAGUGUAAAAACAGUGAUUCCAAUUUUCUUUGCAACAUUAUUGAAAUAUAAUUAGCCUAAAGGAAUUAGUAAAAAAAAAAUGCAACUACAAUAAAUAUUCAUAAUAUGCUAUAUCGCUGUACAAAGCUUGUCAUGGGUUCUCAACCUGUGGGUAAUGAACAUUUUUCAGGGGUCGCCCUAGACCAUAAAAGAAUAUGAAUUUUGUUUCUAAUUUACCGCGUAAAACUUGACAUUUAGUUUUUCUAUUGAAAGUUUUUUUUUCUAUUAUCGUUUGAGGAUAACAAUUGCAGACAAACUUCGUAAAUAGUCAAUACUAAGCAUCGUUCAAUAGUCGUUCAAUCUCAAUCUUGUUUUUCUUUUCUCACUCCCGCUCUUUCUCUCCCUCGUUCACGCUCUGUUUGUUUUUGUUUUCUUUUACAUGUUUCGGACGUCUCUUAAAAAUAAUUACGUUCUAACGCGAAGGCAGGAUUGCAGGAAUCAGGCAGAGUUCGAACUCGGAAAAUUAAUGAUAACAGGGCGCAUCUGAGUCCACCCAACUCUAAUGGGUGCCUGACAUUAGUUGGGGAAAAGUAAAGGCGAUUGGUCGAUGUGCUGACCACUUGACACCCUCGUUAACCGUGGUCCACAGAAACAGAUGACCUUUACUGCCAGUUUAUCUGGGCCGGAAAAGAUUUUUCUUCAGUCGCCAUCAACUCUUUAGAAUGUUACUCUCACCCAUAAGGCCGUAGUUAAGCUGUUCCCAUAGCAGAAAGACAAGAUUUUAAUUCGUGUUCUCAUUAUAAUACUAGAUGUAAUUUAGGUUUACUUCUUUUGAAUUUUUCUUACCCUUGGCUCUAUCAAAUCUUGUGGGAUGGGGAGUGUUGUUACCGGUCGUUGACUUGUAGCACCAAACUGCUUGUAGGACAACUAAACCUUGAAAAAAUUCCUUGUGAACAAUGCUAAAUAUAAAUUUAUUUAUAAUACAGACAAAGACUAAGAUGACUGUUUUGUAGUAGUCUAGUAUGAAUAAAGUAUAGGCCUACUAGUCGACCCACAGAGAAGCAUACGCGGCUAUUUUGCAGGGCCGGCCUAAGGCCACUGCAACCUCUGCGACUGCACUGGGACCCGCACUUUCAUAGAACCCGGCUAAUCCUAUGUGUAAAUUAUUAAAUUAAACCAUUUUAUAACUUAUAACAGAUUUCCCGCGGCCUAUUGAUUUACCAGGAGCUCAUGGAAAUCUCCGGGAAUUAUUAAAAUCUUUUGAAAACUCAAAAAAAUCUCCUGAAAUAUAUUGUAAUAACUUAAGGGAGGCAUCUCAACAAGAUAUAAAUGUUUAUUAACACGGAGACAUGAGAAACACUUAGGACAUCUGCCUUGAACACAGCAUCUUCAUAUCGGUUCUAGAUUUGGGCGGAAAUCGUUCUCCUUCUAUUGUCAACAUCCUUCUCAGUCUGGUUUCUGGCAGUGCGCACAUUCUGCACUAUCUUGAAUGGCGGUGAGCAUGGCGGGGUUUGGGAUGUCAUUCAAUAUGGAAAACGCCAAUCCUACGCGCGAAAAAAAAACGGCAUUAUGCAAUAUCCGUAUGUUACGUGUGCAUCGUAGUGUAAAUGUAAAAUGAUGCGAAUGCGUGUUGAAAGGAGAGAACCAAAAUGAAGGAAUAUAAACAAUAUAGUGCUUACAGUGUUAAUUAAGAUUAAAUUGUUUAUAAACUAUAAUUUUGCCGUUUUGGUGUUGGUGUAUCGCUAAACAGUCUCAUGGCAUAAUAAGACGUAACAAGUGGCGCCCAACGUAAAGGUAAAACCCACGUAUUCCUAUAUACAUACUUGAUCUCCUGUCAACAGACAAUAGAGAUAUUAAAGUCUAGAUCUAGUGACAUGAUAUUACUCGGCUAUUGAUAAUAGACAAUGGCAGACAAGGCAGAGUAGCAGCGUUGAAGGAAGAGGGGAGGUUGUUGGAUCUUGAAGGAUCGGAACUAAGGAAAUACAUUCAAGAACGGUUGGAGGAGAGGAAGAGAUUAGCAAUAGAAAGAGAAAAAAGAAAAUGGUGUGAUAUUCGAAGAAGCUAAAGUGGACAAGAAAUUCGAAAUUGAAAUGAGGGAGCUGGAAUACCCGGAAGACAAAUGGUCAUUCUUAUUAUCGAGGUCAUUUAUAGCAGAGGUUCCAUCAAAAAUAUGCAUGAACGAUGGCAGCUAUAGCGUGUUAACUGUAUGAUGCUAAUUAAUGAUGACACACAGACUUUCUUGGACAGAAUGACCAGUCGUUUUGAAAAUUGGACUAAAACCGCUAAAAUAGAAAAGACCUUUGACUAUCUAAAAACAUUUCUAACGAUAGACAAAGUAAUUUACGAGUGUCAGGAAGAACUAAAACUAUUUUUGUUGGAGAGAAAACCUAAAUCCAUAGAAGAUAUAAUAAGACUGAUAAGAUCCUAUCAGAUAGCACACCCCGAUAAAAAACUAUCCAGAGGCAGCGACAUAGAAGAAAUAGUUGCAUUCAACAGAACAAGAGAUACACAAGUAAACUACAUCAACAACGGCAGACGAUUUAGAUAUGAUGAACAAAAUAGAUUUAGAGGGCAAGGAAAGAACCAAAUGGGUAGUAGACAAGGACAUUUUUAUAGUAACCGAGGUCGAUACCAAAGAAAUGUACAGGGACGAUUCGGCGGAGUAAGAGAUAGAAGAGAUCAAAGCCUGUCAAUGUUAACAUGUGCAGGAAGCCUAGAGUAUUUUGAGACCUUCGUUGGAAAUAAACUAGUAAGGACAAUAAGAGAUACAGGGAGUACAAUAGUGGGAGUUAAUAGACCAUUGGUAAAAAAAACAAGAAUAUACCGGCAAAACCAGGAACUAGUGAUGUUUGAUGGGAAGACCGUACAAUUACCAGUUGCUGGAAUUAAAAUUGAUACACCAUAUUUUAUUGGAAUGGUGGAUGCAUGUGUAAUAGACCAUGCUGAUUGUGACAGGUGGGGAAAUGUGAUGUGUGUUUGGCGCGUUUUAAUGUCUAGGGGAUGAUUAUUUUUAAAGCUAUCACACACCAACCUAUCAGCAUAUGAAUCGGGAGCAGACACGCAACGAGACGAGCAAUGAAAGAUAGAUACAAAAGUUAAAAAUAAA